UGAAAAGUAAAAUAAUUAAUUGGGAUGAAAUUGCAGAGUUUAUUAUUAGUUUGUGCGGUUUUUGGGGCUGUUUUAGCCAAUGAUUCGCCCAAAGUGAAAAUUGGGGUCAAGAAGCGUGUGGAGAACUGCACGAGAAAAGCAAAGAGCGGUGAUUUGAUCCAUGUUCACUACAAGGGUGCUCUGCAGGAUGGCACUGAGUUCGACAGCAGCUACGGACGCGGCAAACCCUUCUCGUUCAGCCUAGGUGCCCGCCAGGUCAUCAAGGGAUGGGAUCAGGGUCUGUUGGGCAUGUGCGAGGGUGAGCGCCGUACACUCACCAUUCCGCCGGAGUUGGGCUAUGGUGCCAGCGGUGCGGGUGGUGGCAAAAUACCACCAAACUCGGUGCUCGUAUUUGACGUGGAAAUGAUGAAAAUCGAGCCACGCGGAUCAGAAGAGCUAUAAGGAGAAAGUCACAAGGAAUGAAAACCAAAUAAAUAUAUACAUAUUUCAAUUUAGAUAUUUCUAUAGGCAUCGAAGCCAGUCAAUUAAUAAAAACAUCAAAUUAUAUUUAAAC